AUGUUUCUGAAGGCCUCAAAGUUACACCAGUUUUCAAGAGAGGAUGUCCUGCAUGCGGUUGCAAAAUUUGUGGUCUGUGAUGAUCAGUCUUUGGCUGUGGCAAACAAGGCCACCUUUAGGAACUGUUCAGUCACAAUGCGGCCAGCUGCUAUGAAGGCCGAUAUUCCCUCAGUGCAUGACAUUACAACUUACAUCCACAGUGCCUUCCUGGAUUUCUUUGUGCAAUUAAAGUCUGAUAUUCAGGUAGAUGAUUUUUAUUAUCAUAGUGCACUAGUACUAGCUACUGACUAA